AUGAGAUGUCUGAAAAAUUGGCAAAAGUGGAGAUCGGACUUAGCCAAGACUAAUGCGAAGAAAUGGUUUUUAAGCGCGUGUAGGCUUCACCGGUUGAUACCACUACAUUUGAAGAACCAGUUCAAGACCAGUAUACACUUCUACAGCAACAUAUGCCAGACUAAGAGUCAAUCAGUCCUAGACAUACUCAACAGAAAAUGGCUCAACCUACUAAUUGACGAUAUCCACAUAAAACGUGGAGAGCUGUUUAGACUACUCAACAGACUUCGUCAUCGGAUUGACCAUCUCGGCCUCCCGACAGAGACCUUGUGUAAUUUUUAUAGUUCGACAAACUCAAAGUGUGACUUCAUCUACAACAAUGCGCUACAGAGUGUGAAAAAGAAAUUUGAAAGGCUAAGUGCUUCAAAAUCUGUGAAUACGCAAUCCAGCACGGAUAAAAAGAACUGGCUGAUUAAUCUCACAAAAACUGAGAUCCCAGCAGAGGUAGCAGACAUCUUGUCACGCGGUCCGAAAUUCAACGUACCAUCACAAUGGUGUACGAGAAACGCCGUUGAAACCGUCAAAAACCUCGAGUCCUGUAUCAGCGCAAACGACAUACGCUGCACGGUUCUGGAAAACUUCAAGCGCACAGCUAGUAAUAAGAAUCAUUUUAACAGAUUUGACUACGAGACGCACAUAAAAAUGCGACAAGCACGAUCCUUUCUCAAAAACAACAAACAUUUAUUUUUUACAAAAGCCGACAAAGGCAACGCCACAGUUUGCAUGCAGGUAGACGAUUAUAUAGAAAAAAUGACGACACUCUUGAACGACGAUGAGACCUAUGAAAAAAUCGACCGCGACCCAUUUGAGAGUUUACAAACGAGGACGAAAUUACUCUUGAAAGAAGUCAACGAAGAGUGUGACAGAAAUCUUAGUGUUUUCCAGCUAUCACUAAGUGACACAUCUCUAGCGAGGGCAUACGGCUUACCGAAGAUUCAUAAGAAGGACGUACCGCUACGUCCUAUUAUAUCUUUGGUGGGUAGUCCAACGUAUGUGCUCGCAAAGAUUUUUUACGAAGAACUGUCACCUGUCGUCAAACCACCAGCUUCNAUACACAACAGUCCUGAAGAGGCCGACAAAGUGGUCGGCGAAACGUCGACUAGGUGA